CUCAACUUCUCUGUCACUCCUCAGUUCUCACAACUUGAAGAGGCAAAAACCAUGAGCAAGAGGAGCGACAUUGGAGAUGGGUUUGAUCCCAAGAGGCCCCAUUUCUUCAAGGUCAUUGUUGAAGAAACUCUCAGAGACAAGAAGCUGAUGCUGCCUGAGAAGUUUGUGGGGGAACAUGGAGGAACCUUGUCUAGCCCUGUUUCGAUCGAGGUCCCCGGAGGCAUGACAUGGCAGAUCCAGAUGUCCAAAGCCCGGACCCGAAAUGCUGGCAAUGGCGGGACCAAGAACAUCUUCUUGGUCAACGAGACAUGGGAGGAAUUUGUAACACACUACUCCCUGAAACAUGGCCACUUCCUGAUUUUCCAGUACGAGGGCGGUUCUCGAUUCUCCGUCGCGAUCUUCGAUGGCACGAAUGGUUCGGAGAUCGAGUAUCCUGUCAGCAACAAAGGGAUCACCACCACCACCACCACCACCACAGGAAAAAGCAGCAGCAGCAGCAAGUUCACCUCUAAGUAUCCUUUCUUCCGAGUUGUUAUCACAGAUUCUCACUUGCUCAAAAGCAACAUGAAUGUGCCGAGGAGGUUUGCAGACAAGUACUUGAAGAGAAGCCAGCAGGUUAAGCUUCAGGUUGGAGAUGAUUGCUGGAAGGUGAAUGCUAACAAAAUGAAAGGAGAGCCGAAGGCUGUGCAGCUGAAUGGGGGUUUCAGAGUCUUUGGGAAGGAAAACUCCAUUAAAGCUGGGAGUGUUUGUUACUUCGAGCUUGUUGGUAGCAAGGAUGGCGACCAAACGUAUAAGGUCACUAUAUCCAAGGAGAAUUAGCGACCAGAUGUUGUGGUGUUGAAUUAGUAUGUUCCUUUUGUAAUGCCCGUCGAGACCCUGCUGGAGAUCAAAGACAUUAUGAAGAAUGUCAUGUUUUACUGCUGGAUUUGUAAAGCUUGGUCUUGAAAGUAGAAAGGCUGAAGUAGCCAUGCCAAGAAUUGAACUAGUGUGAGCUGAACCAAAGCACUGAAACUGUCACAACAAUGUACCAUAUCCUGCAGAGUUACAUCAGCAAGUUAUCUCGAUUA